AUGCUUUCACCUAUUGUCGGAUUGAUGGGCCGAAAGAGGAAGAUUGCAAAGAGAAGUAGGAGAAGAAGAUUGGCGAGGUUGAAAGCAGAGAUAGAAGAGAUAAGGGAAGAGCAAAAAAGCAUAAAUGAAGGGCAAAGGCAAGUUGGAAAAAGAAUGGAAGCCAUAGGCGAAGAAUGCCAACAACUCAGCAUUGAAACUAGCAAAGUAAUCCGACAAACGGCAGUGACUCAAAUCCGGUUGGCUAUCAUGUUCAACAUCCUCAAGGCACGACAAGAUGGCGAUAUUGCUAAGGCUUCCCAUUUAACUCACUUGCUUCGUGAAACAAUGGGAGGGCGUAAUCACAAUAGUUGUUUAUUCAUACAACUGAAUUACGAUGAAGUAUACGUUGGGUUACAAUAA